GGAUAUGACUGAUGCUACAGUGAACUGUCCUUCUGGGUUUAGACUGCACCAGUCAGGAGGAGUUAGAGCUUGUGGUAAAGCAAAACCAAAUGUAGGUAGUUGUACAUCAGUUCAAUUUCCAUCUAAUGGUAUCAGUUACUCUGAAGUGUGUGGUAGAGUAGUGGGAUAUCAGUAUAAUUCACGUGAUGCAGUAUAUCCAGGUAGAUAUGAUGAUGAAUCAUAUGGUAGUGUUAUUGAUUCUAGUCACACUGAUAUCAAUUCUUAUUAUGUUGAUGGUGUUAGUAUCACUCGUGGGUCUCCUCGUCAACAUGUCUGGACACUAAUAGCUGGACUGAAUGAAGCUAGUAAUUAUACUCAUAGUAAUGAUGGUUGUUACAAUUGUCCUUGUUCUCAAGGUAGUCCUCAAAACUCAACUCUUCAGUCUUUCAUUGGUAACGACUACUUCUGUGAAUCUGGUAAUCCUGCUACUGAUGGUACGUUUCAAGCCAUUCUCUAUGUAUCUGAUCCAUUGUGGGAUGGUAAAGGAUGUGGUAGUCUUGAAGGAGUUUGUUGUACAUCUCGUCCUAGUCUUCCAUGGUUCAAUAAGGUACUAAACACUGCCACUACUGACUACCUCGAGCUGAGGGUGUGUGCAGAUUCUGGUACAGCUGAUGAAGAUGUUCCUGUUAGCUAUUAUGAGUUGUAUGUAAAAUGAUGAGAAAAAACUAAUGAACAGUUUACACUUUGUUGUUAGUACAACAGUGGAUUAUUUCAUUUGAUUAAUGAUA